GAAGCAGCGAAUCAGUGUACGACCACCGGUCGCGCAUCUAACAACACAACAAAUCCGGUAUUGCGGAUUAAUCUCUACUCGUUUCGCUAUCAAGAGAACCGGUCGACCUUCGAAGACUGUGCGUUCGUCGAAAACCCCAGAAAGAAAGCGAGGAACGAUAAUCAAAAAGUUGAUGCAGGCAGAAGAAGAUAAAAAGGUUAAAAAAAUUUAAUCCAGGAGCGACGCGAAGAGGAUGGCAAAAUAUUCAUUGUCCUCGUCGAUUUUUCUUACGAUUUUCUUCUUGAAUAUUCACGAAUACGGAGCUUACGUUCCUCCGACAGCUACGGUCGAGCCGCUUCAUCCUGUGGGACUGCGCAUAUUUAUUCCUGAUGAGCAAGGAAUCACGCUAGUGGCUUUUCACGUGAAGUUCAACGAGGAUUUUGAUGGCCUCGAAGCGGGACAUAUUGCGAAAGAUAUUCUCAAGGUUCGCAACGGGCGAUGGACUUAUCAGGACAAGCACACCCAAUUGAGGAGAGACGAUAUUAUUUAUUACUGGGUCCACGUUGUAUAUAACGGACUCGGUUACAAUCUCGUCGAUCAGUUGCAUCGGGUUAUUGAUUUUUACAAUUACGACGGCACUCGAUACAUUUCCAACACGGUUGAAAGCCAGCAGAACUGUACGUCAACAUCGGUCACAUGGAUUUAUAAAGAUAACGUACGACAGCAAACCUGUCCGCGUCAAUUGAUCUUUGAAGAUAAUUUUGACAAUCUUGAGAACUGGAAUUUGGAGCAACGUUUCGCCGGUCCGCCGGACUCAGAAUUUGUUGUCUACAUGACUAAGGAUGCAACUGAUACAAGCGACGGUCGUCUGAGCAUCAGACCCAUCGUGAUUGAUGACAAAUUCGGCGUGGGAUUUGCGUCACGCGGAAGUUUAAUCUUGGACAAUUGCACAGGCGAGAUCGGUACGGAAGAGUGCCAACGCCAAGCCGCUGGCUCGUACAUCUUGCCGCCUGUGAUUUCGGGACGCAUUAACACAAAGGAAAAAUUCGAAUUUCUCUUCGGCCGCGUCGAGAUCAGAGCCAAGUUGCCGCAUGGCGAUUGGGUGUAUCCUGUGAUAAUUCUGGAGAGCUCCGAGAACACAUGGGCACUCGGGAUGCACCGUGAAAUUAGGAUCGCGUCGUCGGUGGGCAACGAGGAGCUGACAACAUCCGACGGUGACAUCAUCAGCGGCCGCAUUCUGUCCGCGGGCGGAUUAUUCGUUCCUACAAACGAGAACGACGCGCAGAGCGUUAAUCGCCAGGCGCUCUCCAAGAGACGGUCAAGCACACCCUGGUCCAACGACUAUCACGUGUUCGAAGUUGAAUGGAAGAGCGGCCUCAUUACGGUAAAGGUCGACAAAGUGGAAUACGGCGAACAGAUUGUGGACGGAUCGUUCGGAAAACCGUCGUACUUGUCUCUGGGCGUAGCUGUGGGAGGCACUCACGAAUUUGCAGAUCAUGCCGUAAGCAACGACUACGUCAAACCAUGGCGAAAUGUCGAGGCAAAAGCAAUGUAUCACUUCAACCGUAAAAAGGAUAAGUGGUAUCCAACGUGGAACACAAGAACGGCGCUUUUAGUGGAUUACGUGAAAGUGUGGGCGUUAUAAAUACUCUCCAUCUCCGCAAAACAGUAUAUCCAUACAUUACUACGUAUAUUUUUACAAUCUCUCGAAUUUAAGUCUACGCAUAUUUCUCCCGGCAAACAGUAUCGCUUAUCCAACAGUUUAAUCAUUCAUAUAUACAAUAAAUAAUAACGUGGAUGCAUUAUUCGCACCUAAAGAUUCUGGUUUUCACGAGAUAUCUUACUGACACAAGCUUAGUGUGUAGAUCAUAUCCGAGUGCACUUGCGCGUUAUCGCGGAUCAAAAGUGAUCAUUGCGCUAUUCUCUGAAAGAAGAUGAAAAUGGCGUCAAGAAGACGCUGGGUGCAGGUCUAUGCAACCGAACGUCUGGACCGAGACCCAACUGCUCGAUCAGCUCACCGCGAUAUUCAAAGCACAUAAAUUUUAAGUAAAGAUACUUAGUUUAAUUAUAUACUUUACUUCUGUUUUGAUGUCCGCCAAAUGACGCUAUAAAAAAUAUUAUAAUGCGGAUAAUUUUUUAUGUAAUGAAGAAAUCUAAUAGUAUUAUCGACAGAUGCGCUUUUAAGAGUUGUCUUCGUCGGGACGAAUUAAACGAUACGAAACAAUAAAUAUUCAUAAUCAUAA